AUGAUAUCUGUCUCCCAGUUUGCCCACCAGUUCCACCUGCAGAGAUACCAGGAGACCCAGAGACGUGCCAACCUCCUCCGGAUCAGCGACCUUCACGUAUCCGUUCACUUUUCUGCCCGGCUACUCCGUGUUGCUGCCGUUUCGCAAAAGGGCCUGGUUGAGAGCCUCAAGCAUGGGGACAAGUCCGCGUUUGCGUCUAUUUACAAUGCGGUCCAUGAUAUUCGCGAGGUCUGCGAAUCCACCGUCCGCCGCAAUAUCCUUGACCAUGACCCUUUGGUUGGAUCUCCUGCCGGCUCCGUAAAGGGAAGAUCGCAUACCUUUGUUAACAGGCUUUCCGCCGUGUCAAGAGCAGACCUGCUCGAGAUCCUCACCCUUGUCCGGACUGAUCCGCAGUUUCUGUUUGAAUGCAUCAGCGGCUUGACUCCGUCUCAGCUUUCUGCGCUUGUAAGCUCUGUUCAUUCGCUGGAGAUCAGUGGCGCCCCUGAUCCACGAGGGAGAAGCCAGCCCUCGUCCUCCUUUUACAAGCGUAAUGCUACUCAUUCUCCUGCCUUCAAGGAGCACGCUUUUUCUUUUGAGCGCACUGAUCCGCUCUUCGCGCUUGUUUUUAACGUUUAUUCCACCACCUUGGACCCAGAUUCCUCGGAAGCCCAGCUACGUCUGGAUGUUUGGUCCUCAACCUGUGCCAAACUGAUAUCCCACGGAGGUAGCGGACAGUAUAGUUUCGUUGGCCAUCUGCUCAAUAUUUGGUCCGGACUCGGUGAAUGGAAGGCCAGAACCAAGUUUGAAAUCUACCUUAUGGACAUUCUCCAGAAUGGAGCCUUUCUUCUUGAACAGUCUAAUUCCCGACACUCGGAUAUGGAUGGCGAUGUUUUUGAUCCCAUGAAAACCGACGUUGCUGAGCAGUUUUUUAGAACAUCCGUCCAAGCGUUGUUUGAAGUCCUCGAUGAUUCCGAUGGUGGUUUCCCUGCCGGAGCCCUCGAGUUUGGAAGAGCUAUUGUUGAAAAACUUGGCUUGUCAGAUUCCCGCCGACGGUUUUUAGGUUAUAUCUUCUAUCAGUGGUUCUUUGGCAAAUUCCUGCAUAAUGCCUUGUGCUUUCCCGAGAGUCAUGGUUUACUCCUUGACUUCCACGUCACCAAGGACGCACGGGAACGACUGCUCGGGCAUAUCGCUCUUUACGCUCAACGACAGGUCUCCCACAUCCUUCAUUCAUCGCCUCCGUUCCCGUACGCCAUUCCAAAAAUUAGGAUACAUGUAGAACAUAUGCUUUCUCGCCUCAUUGACCCAAUCGAACCCACCUCCGAUAACAACACCCCAUCAAGCCCUCUCUCUAACCCUUCCUCCCCCGUCUCGGUCGAAACCUCCCCGGAACAGAAUACUGCAGGUCCCAUUAUUCUUCUUUCGUCGACCGAUAUACUCACGAUACUGGAUGUCUUCUUCCCCAAGCCACCCGCCUCCUCUUCGCCCGACCUAUUUUCCCAACCAUUCCCAUCCUCCCCAGCCGCAACCUUCUUCUCUCGUCCUAACCAGUCAGGUCAAGCAUACGAAUCCAGUCUAUUCCAAGGAAGAAUCGAUACUCUCUCAUACGGCCAACCCACCGCAAAAACCGUUUUCACCACCGAGAUAAGUUUUCAAGAUGUCACAAAAUCCUAUUUCGUACGACCUAACAAACCAUCAAUGCCGGAGUUGCCCAAAAACCCUCAUGCUCGAAAAGCCGAUCGUAUUCGUGAUGAGAUUUUGGAGAUCAGAGAGUCAGAGGAUCGACCGACAAUGGACCACCCUGCAAACGAGGACUGGGCUAUGUUCUCUGUUUGCGGUAGGAAGCCUGUAUGUUUGUAUGCAACUGACGCCGAGCAACCUAGCCAUCAAAGUUCCGCUUCUAGGGCCGAGCCGCUCCGGAACCAGGAUAAAAUCGAGGCUGCUGUUGUGAAAAUAGUCCAUGAGUUUGACUUCCCCCGAAAGCAAGCUCUUAGCCAACGAUCAUCUCCCGAUGGCGCAAAUACCGACCUUAGCCUCAAGCGAUGGUUUUUACAUGCCAUGGGAAUGUACCAGCGAAAGUCUGACUUUUCCGGUGCACAUUUCUGGUGGGAGGCCUCUCUCGCCUUGCGUGACGCAUAUGCAACAUUUGGACAGCCUGCCGCAGAUACCAAGUACCUCAGCCCCAUGUAUCUUUCCGUAAAACAAUCGGCAGAUAUGGACACGAGUACGAUCCAGAGUUGUGAACAAGCCUUUAUCGACCUUAAGAGAAAGAUGGACCUUCUUCAGUCGCAGGUUAAUAAGACAAUGAGUAUUUUGGCACAACUCCGGGACAAAAUGUGGUAUAUGAGCGAUGUCAAGAAUUCCUUACGUUACGAGGAUGCGAAAAACGUGGCUUUGGCUUUGAAAACCAUGGCUCUUGCUCACGCACAGCCUGCGGCAGAGCCCAGGACAAGAACAGGAGCACGAACGCUCGGCGGAUCGUUUUUGCAAAAACCCGAAAUACAAGUCAUGAACGUUAUGCGAGCGUCGAAGAGCCAAGGAGGCCCAUUCAAAUUGGCCGAUGAACAGGUGGAAAUUACUAGAAAGUGGCUCCAGCGCUUUGGGAUAGAUAAUUUCUGUCGAGGCGAGGAGCGAAUUCAUCGAUUCUGUUACGAGGUGAAAACGAGUGUGAACAAGCUCGCUGGCGAGACUAUGUAUGAUACCCCUGUUCUCUGGUCGAGCGAGCUUUUCCAACGCGAGCGGUCGACAUAUGAGACUUCCGGGGCCCGUCCUAUGAGUGGAAGUGUACGCCCAUCCAGUAUAGCGAGCGAAGAUUCGUUGGGACACCCCUUGCAGCCUCCUGCGAUAAGAUCCUUGGACCAGCUUUUCCGACCUCCAAAUGACUUACCCAUGCCUCCGUUACUCCGCAAGUCAUCUUUCCAGAGCGUGACUUCAGAUAAAUGGCAAACGAAUGGCAACGCAUCUUCCAUUGGUGACUCCCCCGGCAAGACAGUAUCGACUGCUACCACUGAUUCAAUUUACCCAUACUGGUCUCCAAUGCAUACCCAGACCCAGUCUAUAACGAGUGCCUCAAGUCUCAGGUCAAGACCUCCCUCUAUGUUCAGCGACAACAUGCCCCUGAGGCGUUUUGAGCAUAGUUCUCACGGAAAGCACGCGUUUUUGGAUGGACUAAAGCGAAGUUUGACUAGUUUACUGCUGAGUGACCUUGGCUGUCCAGUUUGGAGCUGUGGAUCCGAGACUGAUGCCUGGUUUUCUGCCUACUUGAAUCAAUCUCGGGUGCAAAGCCAAAUGGAGAAACGUGCAAGGAUGGACAAGUUCCUAUCGCAAUGCUCAACUUCGCUAAUGACUGAUCUCCGCGAGAGGGAUACUGCUGGUGGUAAGCUUCGUCGAAGUCGCUCUACUCCAUCAUUGAGAUGUCAGCAGGAGCCUGUGUUCAGCCAGCAGCCCAACGAGAAGGAUACGGCGGAAACGCUUGGAGGGGAAUGCGAUUUCGGCUAUGAGGAAGCCUUUGAGCAACUGAUGGACAAAUUCUCGCGUCCUGCGAAUCCAUACGUCAAACUCGAGGCGCUGCAUGAGAUGUGGACUCUGGUAGCGACGUCACUGGUCAAUAACCGAGAUCAAGCAGACAGCAAUUCCUUCGAAGAAGCGCGGUUACGCCGUUCGAUGGAUGGCGUCUACAGGCGUAAUAGCCUACAGACCCGUCAGCAAUGGCGAAAGCCGAACAACGACCAGACGCCAACUCCAUCGUCACCUGGCUUUAGUUCCACCGAAGCUCCCUCCGGCCUCUCCAUAGACUCAACCAUGAAUGAAACCCAGAUCACCAACACACUUCGGGAUCUGAUUCAAAAGUACCAGCCAAGAACGCUCUUCCGAGAUCUACAGUUCAUCGCCUCCUUCGUUCCGUCCGACAUUCUAAACAAAACCGAAAGUGGUACCGCUUUCCUCCAAUUUAGUCUUGCUGCCCUCAAGCUAAAGGACGACGUCUGCAACAGCAUGAUUGAAAUCGCAGAUAAGAUCGUGUGUGACGAGCUAGCUCAACGACAUCGACACGCACACCCGAUCUCAUACGAUUUCUCUCCUAAAGUUGGCAACGGCAUCAAAGAUGCGGCGAACAUGUGGAUUGUCACUGCUAGAGAAGGCAACCCCGUUGCUCAGCGAGAGCUGGCAAUUCUGUAUCUUACCCACCCACAUCUACUACGCCCCGUCACCCUCCCUCUCACCAAACCAGGUGAUACCUUCAAAGCAGAAAUGAUGUAUCGACGAGAUCAAGAUUCUAAAUCCGACCCUCAGAAUAUGUGCCUGGCCCUGCACUGGAUGCAGCUGUCAGCCGCUGGGGGCGAUGAGCUGGCCAAAAACAGGCUUAAAGAACGACAGGAGUUCGAAUCUAUUUCUUGA